AUGUGUAGGACCCUGAGACAAACAAUCGCACAGAAGUCAGUUGGCACUAGGUCAGGAGGACUCGCUAAGGGUGUUAGUGCUGCUUCUGCCACUAUGCCUGUAAACCGAAGCAGCUUCAGCUCCAUGUCCAUGUCCUGCAGCAGUGGUGGAGGCAUAGGACAGAUUAGCGGUGGUUUUGGCAGCAGGAGCCUUCACAACCUAAGGAGAAGCAAGAGGAUUUCCAUGAGCGGAGGGUAUUGCUCUGCUAGACCAGGAUACAGUUAUGGGUUAGGUCAUGGUGGGUUUGCUUACAGGGCUGGUGGAGCUGGGUUUGGGUUUGGAGGAGGAUGCGGCCCUGGAGGUAUUCAAGGGGUCACAGUCAACCAAAACCUCCUGGCACCUCUUAACUUGGAGAUUGACACCAACAUGCAGAGAGUGCGUCAGGAGGAGAAGGACCAGAUCAAAUCCCUCAACAACAAAUUUGCCUCCUUCAUUGACAAGGUGCGGUUCCUGGAGCAACAAAACAAGGUACUGGAAACCAAAUGGAGCCUCCUGAAAGACCAAAAAGUUGUGAAAAAUAACAUUGAGCCUAUGUUUGAAGUGUACAUCAGCAACAUGAGGAGACAGCUUGAGGCUCUAGGAGGGGACAGGCUGCAGCUCAGCUCUGAGCUGAAGGCUAUGCAGGAUGCUGUUGAAGACUUCAAGAUCAGGUACGAGGAGGAGGUCAACAAGCACACGACUGCAGAGAACGACUUCAUGUUACUCAAGAAGGAUGCAGACGCUGCCUACAUGAGCAAGGUGGACCUGGGAACCAGGGUGGAUGCACUGACGGAUGAGAUUAACUUCCUGCGAGCUCUCUAUGAAGCAGAGCUGUCUCAGACGCAGUCACAAAUCUCCGACACCUCCGUGGUCCUGUCCAUGGACAACAACCGGAGCCUGGACCUGGACAGCAUCAUCGCAGAGGUCAAGGCGCAGUACGAGGACAUCGCCAACCGGAGCCGGGCAGAGGCCGAAUCCUGGUACCAGAGCAAGUACGAAGAACUGCAGCUCACUGCUGGCCAGCACGGGGCUGACCUGCACAACACCAAGGUGGAGAUCUCAGAGAUGAAACGCGUGGUCCAACAGCUCCACUCGGAAAUUGACAGUGUGAGGAAACAGUGUGCCAGUCUGCAGACAGCCAUCGCCGAAGCGGAGGAGCGUGGGGAGCUGGCCCUCAAGGAUGCCAAAGCCAAACUGGCCGAGCUGGAGGAUGCUCUGCAGAAAGCCAAGGCAGACCUAGCCCGGCAGCUGCGCGAGUACCAGGAGCUGAUGAACGUCAAGCUGGCCCUGGACAUCGAGAUCGCAACCUACAGGAAGCUGCUGGAGGGCGAGGAGAGCAGGCUGGCUGGAGAAGGCGUUGGUGCAGUGAAUAUUUCUGUGGUCUCAUCCGGGAGCAGCUACGGAGGUGGGACCACGCUGGGGCCAGGCUUCAACAGCAGGCUUGGCCUGGGGGUCGGCAGUGCCAGCUCUGGCAGCAGGAGCUGCCUGGCUGCAGGAUUCAGCUCUGGUGCUGGAAGCAGCUCUAGCAUGAGGUUUGUGUCGAAAACCACCACCAAGAAGAGCUAUCGGAGCUAA